CAUUUCUUUUUUCUAGAAAUAAGUGGUUGUCGUUGAAAUUAUUAACAAAACACGUCAAAAGAACAACAAUUAUUUACUGAUUUUUUUGUGAAUUACUAAAUAUUAUGUUAAGAGUGUAACAAGCAGGUGCUGUUAAUAAAAUUUUAGACUCAUCUCAUAAGACGAGUACUUAAGUAAGUAUGGCUGGAUUUACGGAAAAUGCUUUAAUCCGUAAAUUGCAGGAAUUGAACUCUAGCCAACAAAGUAUUCAAACACUGUCCCUAUGGCUAAUUCAUCAUAGAAAACACCAUGCUGCCGUUGUGAAAACGUGGUUCAAAGAGUUACAUAAAGUCAAAGACAGCAAGCAGCUUACAUUUAUGUAUCUGGCAAAUGACGUUAUACAGAAUAGCAAGAAGAAAGGACCAGAAUAUGGCAAAUCAUUUGGUGAGGUACUUGUGGAAGCAUUUCAGUUAAUGGCAAAGACUGGUAUAAAUACCAAGACAAAACAUUCUUUGCAUAGAAUACUGGCUAUUUGGGAAGAGAGAGGGGUGUAUGAUGCAAAGAAAAUACAGGAGUUUAAGGAGGCCGUUGACCCCAAUGACGCGAUACCAAAGAAAGUGAGCAAACGCAAGUCCACAGACACAGAGGCAAAAGAUCCAGAGAAGAAACCCAAACUGGAAAGCAGAGAGAAGAGAAGAUACAGCGAGACAAAAGUUGAAGUAGAUGGCAAGAUUGAAACGCACAUCACGCUCAGCCCUAAAACUCCACCUGGUGACCCUCCGGAACCUGAAGAGCUCAUCAAGGCUUUGUUAGAACUGGAAUCGAGUGCUUCAAGUGACGAGGCAGUGAGAGAAAGGAUUGCAUCUCUCCCCCCAGAAGUCUCAGAAGUGCAAUUAUUGUCUAAGCUGGAAGACAAGGAGUCGGCGUUAAAUUUAAGUUCAGUUGUUAAUUCGGCUGUGGAAUUACUGGCGGAGUAUAAUUUGCGUCUUUCCGAGGAACUGGAGAAGCGGCGGAAGGUGGCCGCUAUGUUGCGGGACUUCGCGCAAGCACAGAAGGAUCUGGCUAAACAUGCGGAAGCUAGACUCGAGGAAUACAACAUAAAACUGCAAAAGAUGUACGCAGUUAAAGCAGAAGUGAAGUCCCACAUCGAGAACCUUCCAGAUGUAUCUAGAUUGCCCGAUGUGACCGGUGGUCUCGCGCCUUUACCCUCUGCUGGUGAUUUGUUUAGCGUUUGAAAUAUAUUUAUAUUACGUGUAUAUUUCGAUUUUUGACAUUGUUUUUAUAAGGUAAACGAGAAGCGAAUUGUGUGGGAUUGCCAGGUGGGAAAAUAUCUAAAUAAAUGUGUUCACAAAAAUUACCUAAUUUAUGGCUGUGCUAAAGAUUAAACGAGUAAUCUUUAUCGGACAUAUUAGAAUAAUUAGGAGACAUUUAACUUUUUGCACUGUAUCUAUACUUGGAUAUUUCUUUACAAACUUUUAUUCUUUCAACGACAAUAUUAUUAUGUUUAUCUUUGUUAAAUUUAUUCCCGACCACCUGGCAUACCCUGAUAAGAAUGUACGUCUAUCUCUUGUAUAUAGAAUAACGCAUUUAAAACUUUCCACACAAUUAUUAGCAACAAUUGAAUAUUAUUUUCGCUUCUCGUCUAUCCUUGCGUGUUCAGAGUUAGGAUAAAGUAGCACUACUUUACACUAGCAGUAAAAAAGCGACAAAUUGUCGCCAAAAAUAUUCAUAACAAUUUGUUAUAUUUUAAUAAACAGCCAUAAAAUGUAACAUUCUGUUGAAUAUUAUAAAUAUUCAAUUUAGGAGACUAAUUUAUUUAUUAAUUCAUCCAUGUCAGUAAUUUGAUUUUUCUAUUCAUUGAUGUACAAUAAACAUCACAAUCACGCUUACAAAAUGUCUGAAGCAAAACUCUGCCUACGCGUGUAUUAAGCAGAAUUUUGUAAUGAGCGUUACAAUGGACUUUGAACCUUACUGCAACGAAAUAAGGUGUUAAUUUCAAUAAAUAUUUUUGAAGUAAAACUUUUUAUCGGGGUUGUAAAAAAAUUUAGUGUAACAUUUUUUCGUUACGCGUGACAUUUUUCCG